UCUCUUUUCUCUAUUAUUCAAAAUAUAUUUAUUAUUAUAUAAUAUGCAAAAAAUGCAAAAUAAAUAAUAGUGUACGUACAGCUUAGAUUGCCCUUAGUGACAACAGGAAGAUGGUGUUUCACAGAUGGUUCUUGGAAAGAUAAAGAUGUUUUUUCAGGACAAGGUUGGCUCAGUACCCUUCCAGGGUUUGAGGGUUUGUUAGGAGCAAGGAAUGUAAGGGCAAGUUUAUCACCUCUUCAUGCGGAGAUAGAUGCAUUGACUUGGGCAACGGAAUGUAUGAAAAACUUAAGAUAGUAUCAGGUCACGUUUGCAACAGAUUGUUCUCAACUGGUGAAGAUGGUUUCAGAAUCAGAGGAAUGACCAGCAUUUAGAAGUUACCUGGAGGAUUUCAAGCUUUUGAGAAGAAGCUUCACCAACUCAAAAAUUGUUCAUGUUUCGAGGACGGACAAUAAAAUAGCGGAUCGCUUGGCACGCAUUGCUCGGAUACAACCGUCGUUCGUCAUACACAUGGAUGCAGAGUUGCCACUAUGGUUUACGAAGUCUAUAUGAGUCUGUAAAUGUUUUUACUGUACAAAAAAUAAAAUAAUAAUAGUGUACGUAAAAUGAUUUAUAUUCCGAAAACAACGAAAAAUGUGUUGAAGCCAAGGAAGGAUUCAUACUUUGACAGUUUUCACAUCCAAUGCUUCAUAUCUUAUUUGGAACAUUAGAUCAGACAAAUUCCAUUGUUUUUUUUUGUGAACGAUAGAUAAAAUACAACUUUGAAGAGAACUAAGAAACUAAGAAAAAUGCUUAUGGAGCAUUCAUGUAUUUCUUUUAUUUUGGAGUAAUUUAUCUUUAAUUUAGUAAAAUUAAAAACUGUAUAUAUCACUAUAUUUUUUUUUCAAAGUAUGUCAUUAAUUUUUGUAAUAGUAUGUCAUUAAUUAAGUCAUUUAAAUAAAUAUAAAUAAAUUAUAGUAAAAAGAUUUGAAAAAUGAAAAUGUUAUCUUCGAAACAUUAUUUCUUCAGGGAUAGUUUACUAUUUUAAAUGUAGUGAUCUAGUUUUUUAAAAGUAAUAUAAUUCAACAAAUUAGAAAGAAACAUAUCAUAAUGUGGGAAAGAAAUCUCAAAGUUUGAUUAUCAUUUUACAAUUUCAAAUUUUUAAAGAAAAAGUAGAUUUCUUGGAGCCAAAAUUUUUAAAUACAUUUAAUCAAUUAAAUGCUACAGGCGCACAAAGAAACUUUUCAAAUUGAUAAAAUCUUCCGGUGCAACCUUAAUUUACCAUAAUAUCACACAACAAAGACCUUCUUUCAAGUGUUUAUUUAAAUAACUGAGAGAAAGGUAAUGAUAUGCUUUUGUGUUCAAAGACAAAAAAAAAAAGAAAGGGUAAUGGUAUGAUUGACUGAGAGAAGUUAUAGAUCUCAUUCAUUGUCAAAAGCACCAUUGUUCUCUUUGAAAACACGACAAAUUAACUAUGCCUCGACUUGUAAACCAGUCAUCUGUCGAUGAGAAUAUUGCAAUGUUCUUACAAUUUGGGUUAUCAGAAGAUUCAGACCUGACGGUUAAUGAUGAUGUUAUUGCUCGGGAAAUUCAACAACAAUAUCAAAAUAACUCGACAGUUGACGAUGCUGCUAUUGCUUAUGAGAUUCAGCACCAAGAAGAAGAUUCAGACCUGACGGUUAAUGAUGAUGUUAUUGCUCGGGAAAUUCAACAACAAUAUCCAAAUAAUUCUGACCUGACGGCUAAUGAUGAUGUGAUUGCUCGGGAAAUUCAACAACAGUAUCAAAAUAAUUUGACAUAUGACGAUACUGCUAUUGCUUUGGAGAUUCAGAAACAAGAAGGUAAUCUACCCACUUCUCUAAGCGAUGAUGAAAAACUUGCUAGAUAUUUGCAGCAACAAGACGAAUCGGCAAAUAGCACGGAUGAAGAUAUACAAGGGAACAAUUCAUACAUACCUGAACGUGAUGCUCCCUCGACUAGUAGAACAAUUAUUCAAUAUGAUGAUGAUGAUCACUUCUCGGGUCAUCAUACACAUACUCGCACCCAGUCAAAUAGCCCAUCAAUUAGCUCCCUUGAUCUUUCUACUAAUGAGAACACUGAUCCCGCAAAUAUGACGUAUGAGGAAUUGAAUGAGUUAGAAGACUCCAUGGGAAAUGUUGAUAGAGGUUUAUCGCAAAGAAGGAUUUCAAAAUUACCGACCUAUAAAUAUGGUGCGGAAACCAAAACUUGCUGCUGGCAAAUCAGGAAAAAGAAGUUCAUCGCAACUGAUACUCAGUGUUCGAUAUGUCUAGUUGACUAUGUGAUGGGGGAUAAAAUAACAACACUGCCAUGUAAACAUAUCUAUCAUAAGGAUUGCAUUUCACAAUGGUUGAAACAAAGCAAGGUAUGAACAAAAACUCGUUUUAGUUUUUUUUAUUAAAGAUGGGUGCAUGCAUAUUAUGUUAUACUCCCUCCAUUUUUUGUAUAUUUGACGUUCCCGAGAAAUAUUUUUGUUCCAAAUUAUUUGAUGUUUUCAGUUUUUUAUGUAAAAUUUAUUAAUAGUUAAUACAAAAUGACCAAUGCUAUUAUAAUUUCUAUUCUAUUAUUGGUUGAAUAGUGGUUAGGUAAGCAAUUAAUGAUGUUUUUGUUUAGAAAAUUAAAUAUUUCUUAAUCUAUGUGUAUAAUUUUAAAACGUUAAAUAUAAAAAAACGGAGGGAACAUUUUUGUUGCAUGCGGAAGUUUUUUUUUUUUUUUUUGCUAAAAUUUGGUGCAUGCCGAAGUUAUUCUCUGUUAAUUAAUAGUACUAAUUUUAUGUAUGCAGGUAUGUUGUGUUUGCAAAGCCGAGGUUUAAUCCCUAGUGUUGGUUUCAGUAAAAAAUUAAUCCCUAAUGUUCUUGUUUGGACUAUAAUGUUGAUCAAUCAAUAUUGUUUAGAUUUAAAAUUUAUUUUUUGUGCAAUCACCUUCCCUAUGUAUAAAUUUCUAUUGUUAAUUUAGAUAAAUACUUAUGCAUGCGUGAGUUUAUAUAUAUAUAUAUAUAUAUAUAUAUAUAUAUAUAUGUCAAACAAGUAUUUAAGCUUAAUGGCUUCUUUUUUUUCUGGCAUUUUGUAUUGUUGAUAUGAAAUACUAAAAUGUAAAAAUUCAAACAUAAUUACUCUAACAUAAAGGUCAAACAAUAAACACUACAAAAAGUCCACAUUGAUAGCAUAUUGUCAUAGCUCGUUUUACUGAACUGCUAUUGUAGAUAAUUUAAGAAUUUUAGUAUCAUAUAAUAGCGUUAGAUAAACACUAUGAUAGAGUUUCAGUAAACAGAAACCUAAAAUUAGGUUCUUCGCGACACACUUAGUGAAAAUUACCAAAAUAAUCAAUUUUCCUCUCAUCUCAACUCUCAUUCCCUCUCUCACUUCUAAUUUAUGAAAUGGUUAUUUAUGUAACUAAAGCUUUCAAUUAAGGUUAUAACAUAGAAGUAGAUUUUGACCCGCACUUCGAAAGCGCGGGUAUUUUUUUGUUGAUCCUUUUGACAAAAUUUUCUUGAAUUUAAUUCUUAUCAAAUAAAUAAUUUUUAAGUUUUUUUAUCAUAAUAUUUGAGUUUGAAGCACCAUUUUUAUAUCCAAUCCCGACUCAUGGUCGCAACUCGACGACCUAGAAUAUAAUCCAGUUCACAUUUAUAAAACAAUAUGAUAAAUCUAAUAACAAUCCAAAAAUUUGCUAUUAACCUGUAAUACGAUACCGAUUGAUCUCAUAUAAACUCAAAAAAACAUGAUAAAAAUGAUUAAAUUUUUCAUAUAUUUAGAAAACUAAAAUUGAAUAAAAUUUAAUUAUAUCAUUCGAAAAAAUGUUAACAGAAAAAAAUUAUUGAUAUAACAGUGUUAGUUUAUUUUUGUUAUA